ACUAGGACAUGUGGAACUUAUAGCCCUUAAAUGUAUCACAUUAAUGAAAUUGUCAUUGUCAUCUAUGAAUUUUUAAUUAUUAACACUAUGAACCUCAAGUGUGAUAUUAUGUUGAAAGCAAUAUGUUUGUCUUUGUGUUUUCUAAGUUCUGUGAAGGCAAUCGAGUUUUCUAAAAGCGGUCAAGGAGUAUCAGUAGGCUACUUGGGAGAUUGUCCAGGCUCUUUAAAGCCAGCAGUCAUCAAGCCAAAAUCUCUGCAGCAUCUCACCUUAUCCAUCCUGGCCUCUGGCAAUGUGCUUCAAGCGAAUUACACGAAAUAUAACUACUAUGGAAUGGAAAGCCUAGUCAAGCAUCCCGAUUUCGAUUUGGAGAAGAAAACCUUCAUAUUCUUUCCUGGAUACUUGGAUACGAUUAUGAUACCUGGUGGAAGAGCGAUCGCUUCCCUGUAUAAGGAACUGGGAUAUAAUGCCCUUUAGUGGAUUAUUUUUAUUUCACGUUUAAUCAUUUUCCAAGAACCGUGCGGCUUUUACGCCCAGUUGCUAAGCACGUUGCAGAAAUGCUGGCCAUACUAACAAAACUCGGCUUAGACCCAAAAAAAUUGGAGCUCAUGGGCUUUAGUCUCGGUGGACAGGCCGUAGGUCUCACAGCCAAGCACUACCGCCAAAUAACUGGAUACAAUAUCUCCUCUCUCACAGCCAUUGACCCUUCCGGCCCAUGCUUCAGGCAUCUAGGGCCGGAGAACAGAAUAGACCCAUCAGAUGCCGAUUUUGUCCUCCAGGUUACAACAAAUAUGGACGGCUUUGGCAUUGCCACUCCAGUUGGACAAGUAGCAGUUUUUGUCAACGGAGGAGAAUACCAACCGGGGGACGUCUGGCUGGCUCCAUGUCUAGUCCUAUGCAGCCAUGGGAGAGGCUAUUUCCUCUGGCUUUCCGCUUUGAUGAAUCCAGGAAUUUUCAUAGCUUUACAGUGCGAUUCUGUUCAGCAAGCCAGGGAUGGGGAUUGCUACGAACGGCAGCCAAGGGUAACAAAUACAGUGGAUCUGUAUACUGACAGGAGUAAACCUGGUAUCUACUAUUUGCAUACAUUCUAUAGGUAUCCUUAUGGUUUAGGUAAAAAAGGAUUGAAACGGAAGGAUAAUGAGAUCGUGAAGCAUUUGAACUGGCUUAACCAGGAAGAAGUAUUAACAGUGUGAUUCAUCAUCCUUCUUGCGUUAUCCCGGCAUUUGCCACGGCUCAUGCGAGCCUGGGGUCCGCUUUUGACAACUAAUCCCAAGAUUUGACGUAGGCACUAGUUUUUACGAAAGCGACUGCCAUUAUUAACCGUGUGAUUAUGAGAAUAUAAUGAUGAAAGCUCAGAAAAAAAACAGGAAAGCCGAAUUACAGUGCCAUUAACAUCAGUUAACGAUUCGGGUUUUAUAUCUUGCUCGCACUUAUGCGAUCCCGAUAAGAGCCGAAGCCGAAGGGUAUAGGCCGAAUCGUUAGCUAAUUUUAAUCGCACUAUAUCCCAUGGAGAUAAUUUGAGUUACGUCGAUUUUUAGAAGAAAACUCUAUAUUAGUAUGGCAGAUUUAUUUUCUAUUCAUGAAAUAAAAAUAUUAUUAAGAAUAUGUAAUAGGACGCUAUGUUAGAUUUAAGUAGCAAUUAUGUUCUAGUUAGGUAAGUGUGUAUUAUUAUUAACUAAUGUUGUAUUUAUUAUUAUUAAAUUUGUAUGAAAAGAUUUACCUUCAGUUUUA